AUGAAAUUCCGUACUAUGGAACGAUUACAACAACGAGUGGAAGAGGAAGAAUGUCGAAUGGACAAGCAAAGUGGUGGCGUUUUAAUUAUGGACUUGGAAGGACUUAACUUUAGCACCACUUUGUUAUCUGUACUUGCAGGUCCAUACCGCAUACUUUGGGGCACAUUAUUUGAACAGUAUCCACAGUUAAUACAGCAAAUAAUCAUCAUCAAUGCUCCCAAAUUUGUUAAUCUCCUCUAUCAGACAUGCAUUCCUUUUAUACCUAGCGAUUACAAGUCAAAGAUUAUAAUCUGUUCUGAUGACUCUAAAGAAACUUUGCUGGAAUAUAUAGAUGAGUGCUGUUUGCCUGUAGAGCUCGGUGGGGCAGGCUCCUGUGAUAUGACAACGUCGGGUGAAUUUGAGAUCUACUCACCCAUUCAGCGACCGCUUCACCCUUUUCCCAAAGCAACACCACUGGAAGUUCCUUUGGAAAAGUUGACCAUUCCUGCAGGCGCCUUCACUACUCAAAAAUACAAAUGGAAUGCUGGCAGCCGAUUAGAAUUCUAUAUGCAACAUGAUCAAGAGUUCACCUUAUUCUUCUUCCACGCCGACGACGACACGAUAGACCCUACAGCCUGGCGUGAAAUCUACGCUGGUUGUGAGCGGCCCGCCUUACCACAGAUAGACACAUGGCGAUGGACU